AAGUGUAAUCAUUCUCCAAUUUUCCAACCCAAUCAUGGCUCUCUGCAACUCAAGAAAGCCCCUUCUCUCCAUUUUUUUCUUUUUUCUCAUGAUUUUUCCUUCUGCAACUUCCCUAUACUUCAAUCUAUCAACUUUCUCUCAAAGCGAAAUUCGUGUAGAAGGCGAUGCAACCAUCUCAACAGGAGGCAUCCAAGUCAUCGGAUACCCACCCGGCAAAAGCAGAAUCGGCCGGGCUUCGUAUAAGAAACCAAUGCUUCUCAGGGACAAGGCAACAGGAAACCUCACAGACUUCAAUACCCAUUUCUCCUUCAAUACUAGCUCGAAUCAAUACGCCUAUGGUAAUGGACUUGCUUUCUUUCUUGCCCCCAAGGAUUCAACUCUCCCUCGUAAUGCAACAACCUAUCUCGGUUCUGCCAGUCACAACUCCGCCUCCAACAAUACGGAAGAUCGGAUUUUUGCAAUCGAGUUCAAUGCCGUAAAUCCAAGUAGCCAGUCCAGUGUGAACAACAGCAACAGUACUUACAGAGAGGAGGUUUGUGUUCCAUUUGAUAAUACUACUAUUGCAGGUGGGAGAAGAGCUAAUGUUUGGAUUAGUUACAACUCUACCACUAACAAUUUGAGUAUUUUCUUGACUUACGCUGAAAAUCCGGUAUUCCGUGGGAAUUCUACACUGUCUUAUCGUAUCAAUCUCGGGAUUUAUUUACCAGAUUUGGUUAAAGUAGGGUUUGCCGCAUCCUCGGGAUCUAACGCCGUGUCCUAUAGUGUUCUCAAAUGGGAAUUCAAUUCGACUCUGAAUUUGAAUGACACAGAUUUCUGGAAGACGAUAUUGAUUGUAGCAGUCCCUUCUGGUAGUGGAGCUGCUUUGAUUGUAAUCGUCUUGUUCAUUCUGUGGAAGAAAAGGAGUGGAAGGAGAAAAGAAGGCAGAGUCAUCCUCGAUGCACCGAUCGACAAUGAAUUCGAGAAGACGUCAGGGCCUAAAAGGUUUGCGUAUGGUGAGUUGGUUCGCUCAACUAAUAAUUUUGCAGAGGAAGGAAAACUUGGGGAGGGGGGAUUUGGAGCUGUUUACAGAGGUUUCUUGACUGAUCAGAAGAAGGAUGUGGCUGUUAAGAAGGUCUCCAAGAAAUCCAAACAAGGAAUAAAAGAAUUCGCGUCGGAGGUGAAGAUCAUUAGUCGAUUGAGGCAUAGGAAUCUGGUGCAGCUUGUGGGUUGGUGCCACCAGAAAGAAGAACUACUCCUUGUUUAUGAAUUCAUGCCCAAUGGAAGCCUAGAUUCACAUCUCUUUAGAGCAAAAAGUUUGUUGACAUGGGAGGUGAGGAACAAAAUAGUUUUAGGCUUAGCCUCUGCGUUGCUGUAUCUUCAUGAAGAAUGGGACCAAUGUGUGGUGCACAGGGAUAUCAAAUCUAGCAAUAUCAUGUUAGAUUCCAAUUUCAAUGCUAAACUUGGAGAUUUCGGAUUAGCGAGGCUAAUUGAUCAUGAGAAAACAUCGAGAACGACUGUAUGGGCAGGGACUUUGGGUUACAUGGCUCCUGAAACUGCUACUACUUGGAAGGCCUCCAAGGAAUCAGAUGUAUAUAGCUUUGGAAUUGUGGCUCUGGAGAUUGCUUGUGGGAGAAGAUGUGUUGAACCUAAGGCAGAAGAAGGUAAGAUAGUGUUGUUAGAGUGGGUCUGGAUGCUCUAUGGAAAGAGAAAGCUUCUUAAAGCAGCUGAUGCAAAACUGAAUAUGGAUUUCAAUGAGCAACAAAUGGAGUGUUUGCUGAUUGUUGGGCUAUGGUGUGCUCACCCUGAUCACAAAUUCCGACCUUCGAUCAGACAAGCGAUGCAGGUCCUUAAAUUCGAAGCACCAUUACCUGAUCUUCCUCCCAAUAUGCCUGUGAGCACAUAUGCUGUUCCUCUAGCUGUGCCUCCACUGAAUAGGAGUUCAACUUCACAUGGUGAACCCAUUGGACUUACAGAUUUUGAGAUGGGUAGAACCUGAUGUUAGAAUUCCUCAAUGUCAAUCUCCCCUCCCCUCUUUUUGGGGGCUCAGAGCUCAAUGCAACCAAUUUGGUUUUGGGUUUGUUAAUAUACUUAGUUUAUGCAUCAGUCUUUAGAUGUUAUUGUUGUUUUGGAAUGGUUUCAAUAGGAAAAAAUAGUAAUGGCUAUUCCCAUU